AUGAAUGAGAACGAUGAGAAUGGACCCUCGGCACGCGUCACCCGGGCUAAGAGCGCCGCCCUGACCACUGACGCUGCUGGGACGAAGAAGGCCUUGGGCGUGAAGCGAACCACCACGACCACAACCACCGGAACUCAACGGCCUCGCGCCGCCUUGGGAGAUGUCAGCAAUGUCAACAAGACUGAGGUUGUCGACGCGAAGGCUGGCAAGAAGGCUGCUGCCAGCAAAGGUGGCCUGACCUCGAAGGCAACCGCUCACACUGGAGGAAUCCAAAAGGUCAGCCGUACGAACUCCGCCCGCACUUCGACCCGACCUCCCCUUCAGCCCCGCGAUUCGCACAAAAAGCCCUCUGGUACCACAAACAAGCGCCCGCCCAGCAAGGAACCAUCCCUCCAGCCCGAAGAACCACCUCGCAAGAAGGCCGAAUUGGACCGCAAGCCCCCCGCUAUUAAGGAAAUUCCCGAGCCAAUUGUCGAGGCGAAGUCGACCCCCAAAGCAUUCGAAGAUGCCGUGCAAGAUCUGGAUACUGAGGACCUGGAUGACCCACUGAUGGCGGCCGAAUACGUAGUGGAGAUUUUCGACUAUCUCAAGGACCUGGAGAUCAUCACGUUGCCCAACCCCGAGUACAUCGACCACCAACCCGACCUCGAAUGGAAGAUGCGCGGCAUCCUUGUCGAUUGGUUGAUCGAAGUGCAUACCCGUUUCCGUCUCCUGCCCGAGACCUUGUUCCUCGCUGUCAACAUCAUUGAUCGAUUCUUGUCUGCCGAGGUUGUCGCUCUGGACCGUCUCCAGCUGGUCGGCGUCACCGCUAUGUUCAUUGCCUCCAAGUACGAAGAGGUCCUGUCCCCCCAUGUUGCCAACUUCAGCCACGUCGCCGACGAAACUUUCUCCGAUAAGGAAAUCCUUGAUGCCGAGCGUCACGUCCUUGCCACCCUCGAAUACAACAUGAGCUUCCCCAACCCCAUGAACUUCCUGCGCCGUAUCUCCAAGGCCGACAACUAUGAUAUCCAGACCCGUACUCUUGGAAAGUACUUGAUGGAGAUCAGUCUUCUCGAUCACCGCUUCAUGGGCUACCCCCAGAGCCACAUCUCGGCCGCCGCUAUGUACCUCGCUCGCCUCAUCCUUGAGCGUGGACCUUGGGAUGCCACUCUCGCUCACUACUCUGGCUACACUGAAGAAGAGAUUGAACCUGUCUUCCAGCUGAUGGUCGACUACCUUCACCGUCCCGUCUCCCACGAAGCCUUCUUCAAGAAGUAUGCUAGCAAGAAGUUCCUCAAGGCUUCCAUCUUGACCCGCCAGUGGGCCAAGAAGUACCACCACAUGUAUGUUGAUGGCGCCAACUCGCUCGCCAAGGACGAGCAGUAA